AAAAACAUUUCUUAGUGAGCGUCUAGGAGGUAAAAGGAACCUGUGUACGAAAUCUCAUGCGGAUUUGUACGACGGCUUAAGAGAUCUCUUAUCUUCUUAUCUUAUGAAAUAUAGACGUUAUUUCAAAGAUAUUUAUGUCCUACGCGUGUUCCUAGAUUUAGAUCUGAGCCAUUUUAAAGGCCAUGACAAAGUCUGCCGUCUUAGCCAAAAGAAGAGCGAGUUGUGCCACCUUAGAAGAGUUUCAGGAACAUGCAUUGCAGGAGUUUGACCUACUUUUUGCUGAGAUGGCUUUCCUGUGCGAAAGAGAAGUUGUGAUGCAUCACCAUGAGGCCUCCAAGUAUGACAGACUGGGAAGUCGCUUGGACUUAACUGCAAAGUUCCUUGCUGGAGGAGCAAUGCUUUGCUUUGCAGUCGGUGCAUAUAAGGUGAAAUGGGAUGUCAUGCAUCUGAAUACUCCGUUCGGAUUCGCUGCAUUGAAUGGACUCGUGCUAGCGGGACUUCUGGAAUACUUAGGAAGAGGCAGUGGAAUGUUCUGGUCAACAAUGAGACAAAAGGCAGAUAAUCACAAGAAGGCAUUGGUACAGUGGCAGCGCUUAGUUGAAGAGACACAUUCUUAUAGGAUACAGCUGUCUGAUCCAAGGUACGAGGCCAUGCAGUACUCCAAGUGGUUCAGAAAGUUAGUGAAAGCCAAAGAAAAAGCGACACUGCUGGCCAGCGUCCCAGUUAGCACCACCAGUAUGUUCGAAAGUCCCGAAGCUGUUAUCAGCUACAAGAAAGACAAUCACCUGACCCGUGGGAACCAAGUACUGCCCAGAUCUUGAAGAUCACACUGUGCGACACACUGUGCUGUUAUAUUAUAUAUAUCAUAUAUAUGUAUGUAGAUAUAUGCAUGUAUUAAUUUGAUAGGUGUUAGCCAGAUUACUAAGUUACCCAAAAGUUCUCAGUUUUAUUAUAAGAUAUCGGAUUAACUAAAGACGAAUGUUACAGUCGUAAAAACAUUGCCAAUAAUAAAUAUAAAAUAAUAAUACAUUAUAUUUUACACAGCUGUCAAUCAUUACAAAGCCGACAUCAACUCACUGUCUGUCUAGUCAAAAGUUUGAACAUGUUUUUUUCCUCCCAUUUCCCAUUCGCGGAUCAAGCUGAAACUUUGCACACGUAUUCGUUGUAUCUGACAAGACAUUAAUCAAUAAAAAAAAUAACCAUUUAGUUAA